AUGAGUGUGUGUGCCUGCAAAACUUCAUACCUGUGGAGGAGGCUGCUUGAGACUCUGUUGUUCUUGGCUGCCAUGCUGCUGCUGGUGAGAGGAGACUGCCCCAAAUCAUGCGCCUGCCAUGUUCCUACUGAAGUGCACUGCACCUUCAGAUACCUGACCGCAAUACCUGACCACAUCCAGCCAGCUGUGGAAAGAAUUAACCUGGGGUACAACAGUAUAACUGUCUUGAGAGAAAAUGAUCUUUUGGGACUUGAGAACUUGGAGUUGCUGAUGCUGCACAGCAAUACCAUCCACAGUAUUGAAGAUCGAGCCUUCCAAGAACUCAAGUCUUUACAGGUCCUUAAGAUGUCCUUCAACAAAGUAAAGGAAAUCAACAAAGAAACGUUCAAAGGCCUAGACAGUCUACUGAGACUCCACAUGGAUCACAACAACAUUGAGUUCAUCAGCCCUGAGGCUUUCUACGGCCUUACCAAGCUGCAGUUGGUCCAUCUGGAGGGUAACCACCUCCAGCAGCUCCACCCAGACACAUUCAUCACACUGAGACACAGCGAAGUGUUCAAGGUGUCCUCAGUGAGAACCAUCCAUCUGUCAGACAACCUCCUUUCCACUCUGCCUGCAGAUAUUUUCUCAGGCUGCAGCCAGUUAGAGAAUCUCUUCCUCCAUGGCAACCCAUGGAUGUGUGAUUGUCGUAUGAAGUGGUUUACAAAGUGGUCACAGAGGAACACAGGUGUACUAAAAUGCAAACGGGACCGGAGAUAUCCAAGAGGCCAGCUGUGUCCUGUUUGUGAAAAUCCUGCUCCUUACCACAACAGGCCUCUAUCCCUUCUCCCAAGUGAUGCCUUCACAUGUGCCAAACCCUGGAUCCCACCUCAUCUAAAGCAGAAAAACAUCAGCCUGGACGAGGGGGACUUCACUCCAGUUUCCCCAAAGGACUUCAUUGCCCCUCUGGGCUCCAUACAAAUGAACCUGACAGACCAGUUUCACAGUGAUGCCAGUCUUUCCUGCACUGUCCAGAGGCCCUCUGAGUUUGAGAACCUAACUCAAACUUGGGAGGAGGAGGAGGGAAACAAUGUGACAACUCUUACCACUGGCAUAACAACAUAUUUAGUGUGCAACGUUGACCAUGAGCAUAUACAGCAGCUGUGGCAGAUACUGGCCAGCUACAGUGACUCUCCAAUGAGACUCGAGAGAGGCAUAAUGCUAGCCAGAAGCCCUGAGAUGAUUUACAGGUAUAGUCAAAUGAAAACAGAGGAGGGAGAGGAAAGAAUCCACACAAACAUUGAGGCUGAGAUUAAGGCCUCACCUGCAUGGUUGAUGCAGGGAGAUGUUAGUUUCCAGCUUGACCGCACUACGACCACUUUCUCUACUUUGCAUAUUAAGUACCAGUCUAUAGUGAACCUGCGUGUGGAAAACAGAUCACCAAAGAGGGACCGCUAUUCUUGGACCAUGAUAAAGCGAGAUAAUCAAACCAAGACUGAGCACGCUGUAACUACAGGUGGUGUGGCACAAUUAAGUUGCCAAAUCCGUGGUCAUCCAAGGCCCUUGUUGGAGUGGAUUUUACCUGAUGGGAGUAAAGUAAGAGCCCCUUUCUCCAGUGAGGACAGCAGGAUCAUCAUCAAUGCCGAAGGAAAGCUCACUAUAAGGGGUGCAGACGCCUCAGACACAGGCAUCUACCGGUGCAUUGCCACAAACUACCUGGAUGCGGACAUCAUGAUCUUCCGGGUGACAGUUCUGUCCCCUGAUGUGGAAGAGGCUGAGGUCAAUGGUGUUCAGCUCUCACAGCCACUGGGGAGUAAUCUGGUUUUGGACUGUGGCUAUUCAGGGAGUACCAAGGCCUCGGCACAAUGGAUCCUCCCUGAUCACUCGGUACUGGACAAGUCUCAAGGGAAUAGGAGAGUGUUUGAGAAUGGAACCUUGCUGAUUCAGGGUCUCACAGAGAGAGACAGAGGGUUUUAUAGGUGUUUGGUUGCUAAUGACUUGGGAGUUGACCUUCUCGUGUCUCAGGUGACAGUGACUGACGAAAGGCCUGGUGGGGUAGCAGUAUUAGACGAUGGAGGAUCAGGAAUGGAAAUGGAGGACAAUGUUGACCCCAGCUUGACUGAAAGCACAAAUACUCUACAAGAGAUCCCUCCCUCCAGUCCUUCUGACAGAACCAGUCAGGAAUCUAGAACCCUUACCUCAGAUAAACCGUACCCGAGACUUAGGUCACAUGGUAGAGGUACUGGAGGUAGACUUGGACAGCGAAGAAGGGGGCCCAUCAGCAAUCGCCGCAUCUGGAGUAGUAGGGUCUUUGAUAAAACUUCAAGGAAAGUAGACCCAAAGAAAUUUGCUGAAUUUAUGAAAAAGGCCCAAGAUGGAUCAAAAAUAAAGAGUGACAGUGAGAGUGAGGAUGUUAAAGAAGCAGAUUCAAACAGGGAUCUCUCUGGUGAUGGUGAAAUUGGUUCUGGUGAGGAUAAUGAAGAUCAGCUUAUCACCAUGUCAAGGGUUCUCCCACCAACUACAGAUAAUCUACAGAGAGGCAGGAUAUUCGGCACAACAGAGGAUACAAAUACACUAACAACAGAGUCAUACAUGCAGUCAGAUUCUACAUCAGCCAUGCCACCAUUCACACACUACUCAGCAGAAAGUAGUGAAAGUCAAAGUGAUGCAGUUACACCAUAUUUUUCAAACAACAAAGGAUUACCUGAAGUAGAUGAGAACACUGAGUUUUAUACCCUGGAAAGAACUACCAAGCCAGGCUCAAUCAGGAGCCAACUCACUGUGACGGACUCAUCACAAGAAACUCAGCUCCAGUUUUCAGGUGAACAACCUUCAGAUCCAGAAACAUCCACAAGUACUGCACUCACGUUCACCACAGACCCUAAUGUCACUCCAAUGGGGGAUGGCCCAGACUCAGUGGAGCUCAUCAUUCACACAUCCACAGACCCAGACAGUCAGACCACAUUCACAGCUGUCACUGCAACAGAGAGACAGAAAGAUGAGAUAACCCUCCACACUACCCAGACCAUCAAAUCCCCACGCUUGCCUCCAGGAUCCACCAUCAUCUCCAGUCAGCAGAUCCAUAUCAUCCCAAACAAGAGUGGCAGAGCGGGUGGCCGAAGGAGGACCUUCCAAGGGCGCAGGAGGAUCAUUAAGCCCAACAGGAUAACUGACAUACAGUCCUUUAUCAAUAAACUCAAACAGCCCUUGGUGAGGAAUGAGGGGAAUGCAACAGUUCCAUAUAAAAUUGAGCUGUCCACAGACUGCAACUGUGAUGAAGACAAUAAGAAGACCCAUCUACAUGUGGUCACACCGACAGGUCAUUCCAGUUCAACUAUACGCCUAUCGGAGAGACCUGCCUCUACAACGAACCCUGCAUCUUCUACAGCAAAUUAUUAUAUUACUUCAAAAGCCCCCUUUAUGCAUACACAAGCAAAGCUAGAAGCUUCCAGUGGCUACAUAACCUCUGCAGAUGCCCCUAAUUUCUAUAUUACAAUUGAUCCAUUGACCUUAAAUAAGGAACCAUUAAUCUCCUCCACAACUGCUACUACUACGACAACUGCCUCAAAGGUUAUUCGUGGUAGAAUCCCAUGGAACAGGCUGUUUGGAGGCAAAGACAAGGAAGCAAUACUGGGCAGGCUAAGAAAGCCAGUGAUCACACAAAGAACCUCAACUACAAUUGCACCCACAACAGCGACCCCAACCACAACUCCUAUGGCUUUGCCUACCAGCAUUGCAAACUCACUAGCUGAACCGGAGACUCUGUCCCCGUCAAGACAUCCAGGUAGUAAGGAGGGUUCAUUAGAUGAUGACUAUGAGGAUUUGUCUUCAGCAGAUUCUGAGGUUCCAACACAGGGACCAAGCAUUCAACUUAUUGCCACAACCAGUGCACCGUAUUACUCCAGAUCCUCAACCACUGCUGAAACACCCCCAGAAUCACAAACCCUACCUUCCCCACCCACCAUCCAACCACCCUCAAAGGGAAAUACUGAUGAAGCAAUAUCAUCAGGUUCAGGAGGUCUACCUGAUAACUGGUUUGGGAGCCGACGGAGGCCUGAUGGGACAAGAAGACAGCAAGGACGGAGAAGGAGACCCUUUAGGGGAAGGAGACCCUUCAAGAAACCGGCAAGCACUGAAUCACAACCUACUACCACAACUGAGUCUUUAACUACAGAGAUAAUAACUAUGAGAACCACAAAGGAGGCAACCCGACUACCACAGCAAACUGUUUCACUUCAUAAUCCCCUUUUUACACCUACUAAGAAAGAAGACAGAACUCUGGUAACUAUGCCCACUGACCAAAAGAAGGAAAUUGAUUUGUAUGAUGAAUUAGACUGGAGCACAUCUAGCAGUUUACCAGUUUAUACUACAACCAAGACACCCUUGAUCCCCUCAUCUACAUUUACCCCAGCUACCACAACCAUGCCAGCUACCACAAAAAGACCUGCAACAACCGCUUGGGCCAGAGUCCACAGCAACAUCAGACCACCAGUGCAAAGGGGAAAUAGCUACAUCACUGACAGAACACCAAUAAGGAGAUUCAAACCUACUGUGCAAAGCAGCGGUUCCAGAGACACUGCAGAUAAAGUCCUUACUAUUGAUACGAUGACCAUCUUUACAGCUGAGCAAGGCUACACUGAUACUGGCAUCAGUGAAGUUGAAGCUACAAGUGCCAGUUUCCCUGUUUUUGAACCAACUACAAAGGUCGUGACUGGCAAGCCUAAAAUUGUUGGGGGCAAUGCAGCUAGCUUUACAGUGUUAUCCAACUCUGAUGCUUUCCUGCCGUGUGAGACAGUUGGAAACCCUGAACCAGCUGUGACCUGGAGACGCUUAUCUUCAAGUACAGGAAGCACCAUCACAAUUUCAGGGAGAAUGGGCAAGUUUGAGGUGUUGAAUAAUGGCACACUGUUGAUCCAGAAUGCCAAUAUAAAGGAUCGUGGUCAGUACCUCUGUAUUGCUGAGAAUGAUCAUGGAUCAGACAAACUUCUUAUCACCCUCUCUGUUGUGGCCUACCCUUCACGCAUCCUGGAACCAAAAAUACGUGACAUAAAGUCUCAUGCAGGAAACACUGUAGAGAUGAAAUGUAAAGCUGAGGGUCGGCCCACGCCUGCAAUAUCAUGGAUCCUGGCCAACCGAACCCAGGUCAGGGGUCAAAACACAGAGAAAGGAAGGGUAUCAGUAUCUGCUGAGGGAACUCUUGUCAUCGAGCAGGUGUCAGUUUAUGACAGAGGUCAUUAUAAAUGCAUCGCCAGCAAUCCAGCUGGAGCUGACACUGCUACAGUCCGACUGCAAGUGGUGGCAGCACCCCCAGGCAUUAAGGAGGAGAAACGUCAGCAGGUAAAAGCUGGUGUAAGCCAAAACUUGUGGAUUCCCUGCACUGGCCUAGGAAGCCCACAUCCCACAAUGCACUGGGUCCUCAAUAGUGGAUCAACAGUCCGACCUUACACACCUACAAGUAAUCCAAGGAUAUCUGUUCAUGUCAAUGGAACCCUCUACAUUAAGGAUGUAACUCUAGCAGACAAUGGGAAAUACGAAUGCAUUGCUACCAGUUCAACUGGCUCAGAGAGAAGAGUGGUGACACUGAUAGUUGAAAAACAAGAAUCUGCCCCUCAAAUAGUGGAGGCAACAAAGCUUAUGACAGAGUUGGUCUUUGGGGACCAGCUGAGACUUGAAUGUUCAGCUACAGGAGACCCCAAACCCAGGAUCAUGUGGAGGCUGCCGUCUAGAGCUGUGGUGGACCGGUGGCACAGGAUGGGCAGCAGAAUUCAGGUACUAGAUAAUGGUACUCUAACUGUAAGCAGUGUCAGUGAUAAAGACGCAGGAGACUAUCUCUGUGUGGCACGGAGUAAAAUUGGAGAUGAUCUUCAACUUGUGAAGGUCAGUGUCUCAAUGAAAGCAGCUAAGAUAGAGCCUAAGCUCUAUGAAAAGAAGCAGGUACCCUAUGGUAAAGACCUGAAAGUUGACUGUAAAGCCUCAGGAGCCCCAAAACCAGAGAUCUCUUGGGGUUUACCAGACGGUACAGUAGUCAACAGCGCUCUUCAGUCUGAUGCCAGCAGUGGAGGAGGACGAGCUCGCCGCUACACUCUUUUUGACAACGGAACUCUUUACCUAAACCAGGUUGGUAUGUCAGAGGAAGGAGACUACACCUGCUAUGCUGAGAACCAAGGAGGCAAGGAUGAAAUGCAUGUCCAUAUCAGUGUGGUGACUGCUCCCCCCAGGAUACGUCCAUCCAGCCAAAGUUAUGCUAGAAUAAAGCCUGGAGGAAACAUUCGCUUUGACUGUGAAGCACUUGGGGAACCAAAACCCAAGAUACUGUGGAUACUGCCAUCCAAUGAUGUCAUUGCAGCAUCUAAUGAACGCUACCUAAUGCAUGUCAAUGGUUCUUUGGGAAUUAGGGAUGUGAAGCUUAUCGAUGUAGGGGAGUAUGUUUGCAUUGCUCGCAACCUAGCUGGAGAAAAAAGAAAUGUCUACAUGCUUAACAUAGAUGGCAAUCCACCAGUGAUCAAUGGGCACCGGCAGAAUAGGACUGUAGUCAAAGAUGUGGCUGCUAAAUUCUCCAGGAAAUUAAUAGAGUGUACAGCCGAGGGCAAUCCCAUUCCUAGUAUCACAUGGAUUAUGCCAGAUAACAUCUUUCUGAAAGCACCAUACUUUGGCAGCAGGAUUAAUGUUCACCAUAAUGGGACAUUAGAGAUUCGGAACGUGCGGCCAACUGAUACAGCAGAGUUCAUUUGCAUAGCAAGGAAUGAUGGAGGAGAGGCAGUGAUGGUGGUGCAGCUGGAGGUUACCAGUAUGCUUCAAAGGCCCAUUUUCAAGAACCCCUUUAAUGAACGCAUUGUGUCUCGCUUUGGGAAAACAACAGUUUUGAACUGCUCUGCUGAUGGACGCCCAACCCCGGAGAUUAUAUGGACUUUCCCUAAUGGCACACGGGUCACCGGUGAACACCACCAUGACUCUCAACACCGCCUAGGCAAUGAUGGAACUUUGGUCAUCUACAACCCUCGCAAAGAGGACGCUGGGAAGUACCGUUGUGGUGCCAAGAAUUACCUGGGGUACAUCGAGAAACUAAUAGUUUUGGAUGUUGGUGAGAAGCCUUACAUUUUGACGAGGCCUAGGGGCAUCAUUCGCAGUAUGGUUGAAGAACCUCUCUUCCUUCACUGUCUAUCUGAUGGCAGUCCUAGACCCAGAAUUUACUGGACCAUUCCAGCUGGCCACACUCUUACUCGGCCUCAAGUACUUGGGCGCUACCAGUUACUAGAGAAUGGUACUUUGGUUGUUCAGGAUACUACUCUCCAUGACCGAGGGAACUACAUCUGCAGGGCUCGUAACGAUGCUGGGGAGGCUGUGCUCACUGUCCCUGUUGUUAUCAUUGCCUACCCACCACGGAUCACAACAGUCCCAUCUCCCAAUGUGAAGGCAAUGACUGGGACACCUAUUCACCUCAACUGUGCUGCUAUUGGGAUCCCCAAACCAGAGAUCACCUGGCAGCUCCCUGAUCAUUCCAUUCUGACUGCAGCCAAACAGGGCAGACCUUUGGGUAGUGAACUGCUCCAUCCUCAGGGCACACUGAUCAUCCAGAGGUCCACACCCUCAGACUCUGGCACAUAUAAGUGCCUGGCAAAGAACAGCUUGGGCACAGACUCAAAAGUCACAUUUGUACAAGUAAUAUGA